GCCACAUUGAUUCGGUUGAAGUAUAGAAACUCGAUCAUUCAAUAAUUCAAUAAUUCAAUGAUUCACUAAUAACGACGGCCACUGCUUGAAAAGGUACUGCCGCACAGCAUCAGCAUCCCGGCGCCAGUCAACCGAUACCUAGCCUAGGAACCGAGAGCUUUCCCACGCUUCUAGCCCCAUACGGCGGUUACAAUUCCCCUCCACCCAAUCUGCCGUCUCUGUGCUCUCUCCACGCCCACCGUCUCCACCACCAGGGCUCUACAGGUAAUGAGGCGAAUCUCCUGAGAUCCUCUCUCGAGCCUCUGUCCCCGAGCCUGCGCCUGAGCCUGAGCUCAGGAUACAGGUACUUGGAGACGUUGACGUUGCGGGAGUUCUGCCAGUGCCAGUGCCUAUGCCCGUGCCUGCACUCAUCUGAUUUCCAUUGCUCUCCUUCCGACCACCAGUGGCAGACCAAAACCACUGCACCGCGCAAUCAGACCAGCGCCCAAAAAAACGUGGAUCAGCAUCAUCGUCGUGUCGUUUGAUGCAUUGCUGCGACAUCACGACAGGACCUCCCAACCAUUCAAGCAUUUCACGCAUUUCACGCAUUCCCGAAACCCUCUCCUCUUCUCUUCCCGCAGCCCAAGCCCAGACCGCACUACCCGACCGCCGUGAACCACCUGCAGAGCUCCGCUUGCGCGCAGGAGUCUGAGUGCAUCCAAUUCAGCGCCAACCUAACACUUGAACACCAACACCACUGACCAGCGUCCCUUGGCCGCCCGCCGAAAGUUCUCCAUCGACUCUACUGUAGUAGCUACGGAUACAGGUGCGUCCAAGUAGAGUUUGGAGUACAGUGCUAUAGCCUGUAUCCAAGUCUCAGCUAGAGUACCGACCGACACUAACCCACCGAGUGACAUGGAGAGGUACGCAUAGCUCAGUCCCCUCACAACCAUUUCCCUACAUUCACAACCACCAUUGCCUGACUUGUGACUUACCUCACCUGCUACACGGCUCCAUUACUCUAUUACCCUACUCCUGCCUGUACCCGAAUCAUUUUCAUCAUCAUCACCACAUCCACUUGUUCCAACCGUGCCUCCGUACUUGGCUCAUACUAUUGUUUCCCCUCUCUAGGUCCCAGCGGAAGGCGGCCCCAAGCCCUCUUCAUACGAGUACUACUGCAUCUCCGCCCACCAGCGUGACGCCAACCCGAAGUACCUUUGACAGAAACGGCGCGGAUCACUUCUUUGCCUCGCCGGUGUCUAUUCAACAGCUCAAUUCCAACGAGGGGCCCCGUUCGCCAAAAGAGCGUCUGGACGAUCUACUGGCCUCCGAAAGAACCUUCUACCGACCCGAAGGAGAUUCUUCGACUGAUAGAGAGCAAAAUUCGGAAGGGAAGAGUUCAAGGUAUGUGGUAAUAACCCUCAAGUGAAUCUUUUGGCCACUUAUUCCAAUUUACAGAUUCGGUCCAUCUCUACACGACACGAAUGCUCCUUUUCGAAGUGUCUCUGAUCCUGUCUUGAAGCCCUCAGGAGGGUUUAUAAAUCACGAGGGCACGAGACCACUACCCGCUACAGCCCCUCAACAUCAAUUAGAUAUGGCUCGACCUCCUCCACGAACGUCUUCAAUCGGCUCGGCUAUUUCGUCAUUAUCUAGUGGCACCCAUUCGCAAAAACCCUCGCAAGAUAUGAAGUCUUCUGGGUCCCCCGAUAUUGCCAGCCUCGUACAGACGGUUGGCUCCCCCGAGGGUGUGAUACAGUACCUGCUCAAGGAGAAGCAAUCGCAGGCGGCACAAAAUGCGCAGUUAUGGAGGCUAGUUGAUAAGCAAAGGGCCAUGAUCCUGGGAUUGAAUAAGGAUCUGGAGCGAGCAUUGAAGGACAAGGAGCGUUACCGAAAGAAAUUGAAGGAAAGUCUAGCACACAUCGCGAACCCUUCGCCCGUGGAUUCGACUCAGGAAAUGAACGGCUCCGAAGCAGGAUCAAUUGCUUCGGAAUCCAGGAUAGUGGAAGUCUCCAGAGGAAGUGAUCCCGAUGCCCAAGUCUCCCCCACCUUGAGCCAGUCAUCAAAAGAACGCGCACCAUCUCCAAUUGAUGUAGCCCUAGCACCUUAUCCAAUUACACCACCGGCAUAUGCGACCGCAACCCCUACAUUGGGUAAUAUGGUUGAAGCCCAACACAAAAUGCCAUCUCCGACGCAACACGCCUUUCAGCAGUACAAUCCUGAUGCAACUGAAGCAGCUCCCAUAAAGUCACCUGCGCUAGAUGUUGAACAGGGAGUGCCUUAUAAUGCAUCGUUACCUCCAUCCAGAAGCAAUCCCAUAAAAUCACCUCGAGGGCCUCCUAGUAGUCUACCAGCACUUCCAAAAGCGCCAAUGUCGAGCCAGAGCCCACCUACACUGACCCUUAUAGAGCCAUCUCCCAAUCCAGACGAAGGUCUACGAACAUUUCCAACGCCUCCACGAAAAGCUCCUCCAGCACCUUUAAACCUAGGGAAUAAAAGUAACCCAAGCUCUCACCUGCGACAGGCUUCUGCCACCGGGGAAGAAUUUGAUUCUGAUUAUGAUGAUGUUUUAGAAGUUGAUGAAAUACCAAAUUUCUCCGAGCGUGGGCGACGAAAGACCAGAGAGGAUGACGAAAGAGAGCGAGAAGUGGCAGCUAUGAAGCAGGCUGCAUUACGGAGUGCCCAAAAUAGUGGCAGACGUAAUCCCAAAUCUAAGCCCACCACUCCAAAGGAAGGCACGUUUCCAGCUGGAGCAGAGCCAAUGCCGUUAAGCCCAAGCUCACGCCCAACGGUGCCAAUUGCACCACCAGAUGCACACUUGCGCCAUCUAUCUCCAAUGGGUGAGAAUUCUGGUUCUCUAGCAGGUGUGUUGAGUGAUGCGUCGGAUAGGGUGUCUGAGCGGGUAUUAUCAGCUCCGCUGGCAACACCAGGACUCCCUGUAAGCCCAAGACCAAUAACAUCGCGUAACAAUUCCAAUCAUGCUUCCGUGGGAUCAGUUACCUCUAUUUCUUCUCCUCCAUUAUCUCCCCGUGGAAUGGCUGCUUUCCCUGGUGCAGUACCUCUUUCACCGCGAGCUCCUCGACAACCAAUUCCACUCCCACCAGGAACUCCCAUGUCUCUUACAUCGCCACCAUUGUCCGGGCCAUUGUCACCACUCUUACCUCCAAAAGGCGAACCUCUCGAGCUUGUGUCACCCAAGCCCUUGACACUAGGCAAGAAAGGCAGGGACAGUCCCAAUGAUGACAGCCCCAAAGGCUCUCCUGUUCCUCAAAGUCCUAGCUCGGGCGCCAUCGACCGAUCACUAGUUACAGAAGAAUAUCCUGACUUGUUGCUUCCCCCUAACGCCCUACCUUCAAUCGAGGUCAAGGUUGCCUCGUCACGACUCAAGCCUUCAAGGGCUAGUUUGAUGUUCCCAAAGAAUUUUGAAGAAGAUCCAGUCUUCACCCUUGCGAUUUUCAAUCGAUCAGAAGGCCGAGAGUUGUGGAGAGUCGAGAAAGAUUCAUCAUCACUCGCGCGACUCGACCAGACCCUAAAGCAAUCACCCACUUUUACCGCCAAAACCCCCGAAAGGUCUCUGUUCAGCGGGCAUGCUCCUGCCAAAGUGGACGCAAGACGUGUCGCUCUAGACACUUACUUGGACGAGGUUAUGAAUACCCAAAUGGAUACAGCCUCAGCUCUUGAAGUUUGCAAAUACCUCUCCACAAACACAUUCCCACCUCACGGGGAAGAUUCCACACCUAGCUUGACCAGCGAAAGCCCGGCCAAGACUGGUCCUGGUGGUCGACCAUUGAAGAAUGGAUAUUUGACUAAGAGAGGAAAGAAUUUUGGUGGAUGGAAGGCUCGAUAUUUCGUACUGGACGGUCCAGUUUUCAGAUACUUUGAAUCUCCUGGGGGCCCUCAUCUAGGCACGAUCAAGCUACCCAGUGCUCAGAUUGGAAAGCAGCAGCAGCAGCAACAACAGACUGAUACGCCCGCACGUGCAGAGGCUGAAGAAAACAACGAAAACCAAUAUCGGCAUGCCUUUUUGAUCUUGGAGCCUAAGCGAAAAGACUCGAGCAGUCUGGUAAGACAUGUGCUAUGCGCCGAGAGUGAUGCUGAGCGGGAUGAAUGGGUGGGGGCUCUUUUGCAAUACGUCAAUUACAAGGGUUCAGAGGACGAGGCACCCCCGCGCGCUACUCGCACCCGAAGCGGCUCUGGAGGCUCAGGUAGCAUGAGGACGAACAAGAAGACGUACCCACCACAUGACAGGCAGCAGAACCUCCCGGACCUAACGGAGGAUAAUUUACGCGGUGUAAGCUACGAAAAGACAAAGCAAGGCAGCAUCCCACAGAAUGUAAGGUCUAAACAAUCGGGGACUCCAUCACCGCCAACCUACGGUCGUGAACGAGAUCCAAUGAACCAAGCACAGCCUUUGAAGAACAUUUCAGCACCGAAAAAUGCUCAGGUUAUUCAAGAUGGUAGCUCUUGGGGUAACAAGCCGAACCUUCUAGUCCCUAACGCCGAGGAUAAGAAGGCGAGGAAACGGAGCUUCUUUGGAUUUGGAUCAAAGCCUCGGGUUUCUAGUGAAUCACAACAAGAGUCGGAACAAUCUAAUCUGUCUCAAAUGGCUGUCGAGCAACACGGCCCCAUCCGACCAGCUUUUGGGGCAGGUUUGUCAGAGGCAGUUCGUUACAACCACCCAGCUGAUAUCAGGGUUGAACUGCCAGCUGUGGUCUAUCGAUGCAUUGAAUAUCUCGAUGCAAAAAAUGCAGUCAACGAGGAAGGAAUUUUCAGACUUAGCGGGUCCAACAUUGUCAUCAAACAACUACGUGAGCGUUUCAACCAGGAGGGAGAUGUGAACUUGGUCACCGAUGAACAGUACUACGAUAUUCAUGCAGUCGCCUCUCUUUUGAAAUUGUAUCUAAGAGAAUUGCCAAGCACGAUAUUGACUAGAGAACUGCACUUGGAAUUCCUGGCUGUCACCGAGCUGCAGGAUCUCAACGACAAAAUCCGCGCUCUCAAUGGACUCGUGCACCGACUUCCACGUGCAAAUCACGCCUUGUUGAGAUACCUAUCCGGCUUCCUGAUCAACAUCAUUAACAAUGCGGACGUCAACAAGAUGACGGUCCGUAACGUUGGUAUCGUAUUCUCUCCCACGCUGAAUAUCCCUGCUCCUGUUUUUGCUUUGUUCUUGCAACAAUAUGGCGGAAUCUUUGGAGAAGAUCAAUCCGACUCUCCAGUUGAAGUUACCGUGUCUGCCCCACCCCAACCACAGCCACGUCAACAACAAAAUCCUGGCCGCGAAUCAGGCUUUGCACCAAUGCAAACCGGGUAUGAUCAAUCUGGAAUGCAGGCUAUUGGAAGUUUCCCGACAAUGGCAGGCCCGGAGUAUGGCAGGUCGACUCCUACUCUGGGAGGACCAGCAUAUGACCAAUUCGGCGGCGGAAAACAGUACCAAAACCCUCCUCCUAGCAAGUCGAAGCGGAGAGAGAGCAGUAUGUUCGGCGUUCUUCCGAACCAGCGUAAGCCUAGUAACCAGCAGAUGAGACCUGAUGGUCGUAAGUUACCUUCGCAAUAUAUAGGCGAGAGUUGAAGUUAAUCCAAUGGUUCUUCAGGCCUCGCUGAUGAAGAGGCAUUAUUCUACUGAGAAGAAAUGCUCAAACCCUACUAAUAACGACUACCUCGAACACGUUGUUCACACCCGAGAUGAACUUUCGGCCAGGUGCCACCAGCUCGUCAUUGCAAGAUACCGUCGAUACUGUAAUACCUAAUGAUCAAUCCCUCUCUUCUAAUCUCGAUAUCGGCAUAUUCAUCGAACCUGUAUAUUAUACUCGACGUUUUAUUGGGCACCCGGUUCAACCAAAUCGCCCGUAUUCUUCUUCUUUUCAGCGAGCCAGCAUCAUAUCAAUUGUUCUUUAUUUUUUCAUUCGAACUUCAGCAGAGGAGGUUAUACCCCAGAUUUGGUUUUUCCGUGGAUUUUUUACUUGCUUCGCGUAUGUGGUUUUCUGGAUGGGUAAUUCUUCAUUUCUAUUCGCUUUCGAAUUGAAGGGAGAAUUUAAAGUGGGAAAUCAAUGGGUGGAGGACAUAUCUGAUUAAGAUGUAUUACCGCUUGAGCUUCAUUUUGGGAUUCCUCUGAGUGCAGAGAGUGUGCGGGAAAGAGGAGAAGGGGUGAUGGGGGAGGAGUAGAGAUAUCAUAAGAGGAUUUAUUCAGUUCGUCGUGUAAUAUGGAUGGGAGGGGGCAUUUAAAAGCGGUGUGUUGCAAGGAAGAGGGGUUAAUUGUUUCUGGAAUAACAAAUAUGUUUUAUUGUGGCUGGGGGGUUUUGGGUGGAUGGAUGCUCAACAAUGGGGAAUUAAUGAUAAAGUACAUAUGAAUGAAUUGAUGGAAAAAAUUCU